AUGGUGAUUUCGGGGCGUUGCCGCGGCGAGGAGGAGACGGCGUGGGUCAUGCAGAGCCUCAUGCACGACCAGUUGAACCGCAAAGUUGACUCUUUCUCGAAGACCACGCUGCAGACCAGGCAGGGGCCCAUCUCUGUCUCCAUCCUUCGGAAGAAGCUCUUGGACGGCCUCGUGGCCGAGUUCCUCGCGCCGGCCAAGGUAACGACGCAGGAGGCACUGACGGCGAAGCCAGGCUUGGCGGACUUGCAGACCGCUCUGCGCGAGCUGGAGCGGAAAUACAGCACGGUGGACGCGUACCAGCGGGCCAAAGCAGAGGACACACCAAUUUCAGGCCUCCCGGCCUGGGCAACCGUGCAUUUCAACCGGCUUGGUCGGCAGAUCUUGGACGGGCAGAAGGACAAAAUUCUCGCGGGCCUUUGCUUGAAGCCGCCGGCGGGCGGCGUCGGGUCGAUGACGUACUCCUCCCACUUGCGCAGCGCCGAGGGCUUCGCGACCCAGAUCGAGGCGCUGGAGACGCAGUACAAGGAGUGGGUGGCGAACGUCAAGGGGGGGAACGCGAAGCAGGAGGAGCCCCCCAAGCAAAACGACGUCGCGCCGCCAGGGGCCGAGGGGAAGGAUUCCCUCACCGAAUCCGAGAUGCGGCUGGCCGGCCUGCGCGGGGAGAUGUCGUCGGCGGCGACGGAGAUCCGGGUGGCGUACGCGCCCAUUGCUGCGAUCGGGGAAUCCGCCCUCGCGACGGAGAAGGCGUGGUGGGAUGACAAUUGCAUAUCGACGCCGACCCUGGCCGGGGGCACAGGAUGGCCGGACUUGGUGUCGGUGUGCACCUGUCGCCCUUACAAGGCGAUCACGGCGUCAUGGGUCUACAAGGAGUCGAUGGCAGGCAGCUCGUCGAGGAUGUGCUACAUGUACGCGAUCCCGACAUCUUGGGAGGUGAAGGGCAAACCGCGGGCCACGCCUCUCUUGCCCGAGGACUUCGACAAGUUCGCGGACGUCGUGAACAGGCUCAUCACCGUCGAAAACGAGGGGUACGCGGUUGUCCUCCUCGGCAAGGCGACCAAGGCAGGGUGGGGCAUCGGGUGGGAGACCGGCAUCGCGCUGCAGAGCCAGAUCAUCGAAGCGAUGAGGGUUAAGUCGAGGAGCUCCUUCCGCGCGAAGCACUUCACUUUGAAUUUCGUUCGCCCUUCGAAGAGGGCUACCUAUGCACGGGGCGUAGCGGGCACCUUGUCCGAGAACGCCUUCUUCUUCUACAAGGGAUCGUGGCCGAGCAAGCUGCUCCCCAAGGCGAGGGCCGUCUUCGGCGGCGCGACGUGGGAUGAUCGCUGGGAGGACGUGCCGUUGUGCCCGGAUUUGUCGCACUGCGCCGUGCCGGCCGCUGUGCGCGACAUGAUCUUCGAGGACAUCUGGUCGGCGCGCGGAGCGCCGGAGGAGGACCAGGGCGACGACGAGGAGAAAACUGGCGCCGGUCAGGCCACGGCGGCCGAGGAGGGGGGGGUCGCCGAGGCCACGCCCACCAAGACCGCGGGCAAGAAGGACAAGAAGGACAAAUCGAAGAAGACCGCGAAGGAGUCCGCGAAGAAGGGCAAGAAGGACAAACCGAAGGAGUCCGAGAAGAAGGGCGGCAAGAAGGACAAGCCGGGGAAGGCGGGCAAGACCGGCCCGUUGAAGGAGAGCCGUCUCUUGAUCACCGCGCCGGCAUGCCUCGCCGCGGAUGUGCCCCAGGCCGACCCGAAGACCGACGCGCCCUUGUUCAGCAACGAGUACCACGCCGACGUGUACUCGCAGGUCGAUUCCUUAUUCGAUCUUGACCCGUCUGUCGACGCGACCUGCGUGUGGGCCGAGUGGGAGGCGAAGCGGGCGGUGCUGUUCACGCCCGGCAACGGGAUCGCGGCGCUCGCCGCUGUGCAGCGCGAGUUCCCGCUGUUGCUGCUGGGGCUGAGCGCCGAGCACGUGCAGCUUCUCGAGUACUUCGUCGACUGCGGCAUCGCGAUGGCCAUGCAGGUGUCGGGCAACCGCUUGCACGACAAGGACGCGAUGGAGAAAGUGGAGCGGGCGCUCGGGGGCCACGACUCCGACGACGAUGCGCCGGAGGCCACCCCGCCCAAGAAGAAGAAGCAUAAGAAGGAGGACAAAACCUCUAGCUCGGGUGAGACGUCAACGAGCAACGAUGGCACGGACGAGAACGACUCCGCGGAGGAGUGA